AGACACAGCAGUUCAGUUGAUACAACGCCGUGAGUUUGAAUAGAUCGCAAUGAGUUUAGCUGGGAAAGUUGUGAUUGUAACCGGAGCAAGUUCCGGCAUUGGUGCCGCCACAGCUGAGGAAUUUGCCAAGCUGGGUUCCAAAGUGGUGCUCACAGGACGAAAUGAAGCAAAUUUAAAAGCUACGGAAACUGCCUGUAAAGCCGCCAACAGCAAAGUGGAACUACUACUCAUCACCGCUGAUGUAACGACAGACGCCGAGAAGAUAAUCAAAACAACAAUUGAGAAGUUCGGACAGUUGGAUGUGUUGGUGAAUAAUGCCGGUUAUGGUGAACUGGGUUCAAUUCUGGAUAUUGACGUCGAUCAAUUUGAUCGUGUCAUGAAUACUAAUGUGCGUUCGGUCUUCCUGCUAACUAAAUAUGCUGCACCACAUCUCGUGAAGACCCAAGGUAAUAUCGUGAAUGUCUCCAGCCUCGUAGGAUUGCGAGCAUUCGCUGAUGCUUCAGUCUAUUGCACCUCCAAAGCAGCACUGGAUCAAUUCACUAGAUGUAUCGCUUUGGAUUUGGCGCCAAAAAAUGUGCGUGUGAAUGCCGUAAAUCCCGGUGUGAUUGUAACAGAUUUCCAUAGGCGUCUUGGCAUGUCGAAAGAGGAAAAUGUUAAGUUUCUGGAGGACUCGAAAGCCAAACAUGCCUUGGGUCGCGUCGGCCAACCUAAAGAAGUGGCUGAUGCCAUUAUUUUCCUAGCUAGUGACAGUGCGAGCUUUAUAACGGGCGCAACUCUGCCGAUCGAUGGUGGCAGGCACGCCAUGUGUCCACGUUAGAAUAGUUAGAUGUAAGAAUAUAUGUAUAUAAUAAAGAUAUAAGAAUAUACAUAAUAA